AUGACAGUCACGUCCGAAGCUGAAUUUGCCACGAAGGAUGGCACCAAACUGUACACAAAGUCCUGGAAGCCUGAUUCGGGAAACACAUCUGCCGUCCUGAUGUUCUUACAUGGCUUCUCUGACCAUAUUAACGCCUACUACGACCUCUUCCCGACUCUGAGCUCUGCCCCUUUCAAUAUCGCAGUGUACGGCUUUGACCAACGAGGCUGGGGGCGAUCGGUGCACAAGACAAGCGACCAGGGUCUUACAGGUCCAACCUCGCUCGUCAUUUCUGAUAUUCACGACUUCAUUCUGCACGUUUCCGGACUUGACGAAACUCACAACAAACCUCUCUUCUUGAUGGGUCACAGCAUGGGUGGAAAUGAGCUGCUCACUUACAUGUUGUCCACGUCGUCGGCAUACUCGAACCGUCCUCCCAUCUCCGGCGUGUUACUGGAGGCACCGUACAUUGAGCUCGACCCCUCCGAGCAGCCAAACGCAGUCACGGUAGUUGCAGGGAAGAUGGCUGCUUCAUUACUACCCCAUAUGCAGCUGAAACGGGCGCUCAAUGCAGCGUUUUUGUCGCGCUCAACCACGGUCCAAAGGGACUUUAUCAACGAUUCAUUGUGCCAUGACACCGGAACACUCGAGGGGCUGAAAGGCUUGUUGCAACGUGCCGGUGAUUUAUCGGCUCUUUCACACGGUCGCAAGGUCAGCGGCUUGACGACCAAGGUGCCAUGCCCUGUCUUAGUAUCUCACGGCACCGAUGACAAGAUCAUCUCAUUCCCUGCCGCGGAGCGUCUAUUCUCUGUCCUCGAUGCGCCCGGCGGCGAUAAGGUCUUUCAAGCCUAUAAGGGCGGCUACCACAAACUUCAUGCUGAGCCUGAGGGCGGUGCAGAGCAGUUUGCAAACGACGUUGGCAAUUGGAUUCUGGCUCAUGCUAACCACUCUUCUUCGGGCACUCAGGUCAGUGCUUGA